GAGUAUUGCGCAUGCGUGAAGCGAGAGCAGGGGGCCGGGUCACGUGAACCGGGGGUCCUGGGCCGGAAUUGCUGCCAGCUUAGUGGCGCGGCCUCCGGAGUUGACAGAGCAGCCCGCCACAGGCUAACUGGACGGGGCCCACAGCCAGGCGGGGUGACUGGGGCGGAGGGUCGUGACCUGAAACUGGGUCAGGCAGUUUCACUUGUCGGUUCCAAACGAAUACGAGGCUGAGGGACACGGCGCCCACGCCCCCGACCAUGAGGCCAGCAGAGAUCGUCAUUCAAAUCAUUGUGAUCUAAGGCCAAAAACAAGACAAACACGUGCUUGGAUUGGUUGAAUACAGUUGUUAAAAACAAAUAUGGAAAAUGAACCAGACCAAGACAAUGUGGAACAGAAUCUCUGUGUCAAGACUACUACUGAAGAAGAACUGAAUAAAUCUUUUAAUCUAGAAGCUUCAUUGUCAAAAUUCUCUUACAUAGAUCUGGACAAGGAGUUGGAGUUCAGAAAUGAUUUGAUUGAUGACAAGGAGUUUGAUAUUCCUCAAGUUGACACUCCUCCAACACUGGAAAGCAUACUAAAUGAAACUGAUGAUGAAGAUGAGUCUUUUGUUCUCGAGGAUCCCACAUUGUUAAACAUUGAUACCAUUGACUCACACUCCUAUGAUACUUCAUCUGUGGCAAGCUCAGAUAGUGGUGACAGGACCAACCUAAAAAGGAAGAAGAAAUUACCUGAUUCUUUUUCACUCCAUGGCUCAGUUAUGCGGCAUUCACUUCUGAAGGGGAUUUCUGCCCAGAUAGUGUCUGCAGCUGACAAAGUAGAUGCUGGCUUGCCUACAGCAAUUGCAGUUUCCAGUCUGAUAGCAGUGGGUACAUCUCAUGGAUUGGCUCUAAUAUUUGGAAAAGAUCAGAAUCAAGCGUUGCGACUCUGCCUGGGGAGCACUAGCGUUGGAGGUCAGUAUGGAGCCAUCUCUGCCCUCAGUAUCAACAAUGACUGUUCAAGACUGCUCUGUGGCUUUGCUAAAGGACAGAUCACCAUGUGGGAUUUGGCCAGUGGAAAACUUCUCAGAUCAAUAACAGAUGCUCAUCCUCCAGGAACGGCAAUAUUGCAUAUCAAGUUUACAGAUGAUCCAACUCUUGCAAUUUGCAAUGACAGCGGAGGCUCUGUUUUUGAAUUGACAUUUAAGAGAGUGAUGGGAGUGAGAACUUGUGAAUCUAGAUGUCUGUUCAGUGGUUCCAAGGGAGAAGUGUGCUGUAUUGAGCCUCUACAUUCUAAGCCUGAAUUGAAAGAUCAUCCCAUCACACAGUUCUCAUUAUUGGCCAUGGCAUCCUUAACAAAGAUACUGGUCAUUGGAUUGAAACCAUCCUUGAAAGUGUGGAUGACUUUUCCUUAUGGACGCAUGGAUCCUUCCAGUGUUCCAUUGCUGGCCUGGCAUUUUGUAGCAGUGCAUAAUUAUGUGAACCCCAUGCUUGCUUUCUGCAGAGGAGAUGUUGUUCACUUUCUACUGUGGAUAAACUCACGCACAAUUGUGCUCUUAGACAGCGUGGAGAAGUUGCAUGUAAUUGACCGGCAGACACAAGAGGAAUUAGAAACAGUGGAGAUCUCAGAAGUUCAGUUGGUUUAUAAUAGCAGCCAUUUCAAGUCACUCGCCACUGGAGGAAACGUUAGUCAGGCACUGGCUUUGGUUGGAGAGAAGGCUUGUUACCAAUCCAUCAGCAGCUGUGGUGGUCAGAUCUUUUAUCUGGGGACAAAAUCUGUUUAUGUAAUGAUGCUGAGAAGCUGGAGAGAGAGAGUGGAUCAUCUCUUGAAACAAGAUUGUCUCACAGAAGCCUUGGCCCUUGCAUGGUCUUUCCAUGAAGGAAAAGCAAAAGCAGUAGUGGGAUUGUCAGGGGAUGUCAGUAAGCGAAAGGCUGUUGUUGCAGAUCGGAUGGUAGAAAUCCUGUUCCAUUAUGCAGAUCGUGCUCUGAAAAAGUGCCCAGAGCAGGGAAAAAUCCAAGUGAUGGAGCAACAUUUUCAGGAUAUGGUGCCUGUCAUAGUUGAUUACUGUCUUCUGCUGCAGAGAAAGGAUCUUUUAUUUAGCCAAAUGUAUGAUAAAUUAAGUGAGAAUUCAGUGGCCAAAGGAGUGUUUUUGGAGUGCCUUGAACCAUAUAUUUUAAGUGAUAAAUUGGUGGGGAUCACACCACAAGUAAUGAAAGACUUGAUUGUUCAUUUCCAAGAUAAAAAGUUGAUGGAAAAUGUGGAAGCCGUCAUUGUACAUAUGGAUAUCACCAGCCUCGAUAUUCAGCAGAUAGUUCUCAUGUGUUGGGAGAAUCGACUAUAUGAUGCUAUGAUUUAUGUCUACAACAGAGGCAUGAAUGAAUUCAUUAGUCCAAUGGAGAAACUUUUCAAAGUCAUUGCUCCUCCUCUGAAUGCAGGAAAAACAUUAACAGAUGAGCAAGUUGUUAUGGGCAACAAGCUUCUCGUAUAUAUUAGCUGUUGUCUGGCAGGCCGUGCCUAUCCCCUUGGUGACAUCUCUGAAGAUCUUGUUCCCUUGGUUAAAAACCAGGUUUUUGAAUUUCUGAUUCGCCUGCAUUCAGCAGAAGCAUCCCCGGAGGAAGAAAUCUAUCCUUAUGUUCGGACUUUGCUACAUUUUGACACAAGAGAAUUCCUAAAUGUGUUGGCCUUGACCUUUGAAGAUUUUAAAAAUGAUAAGCAAGCUGUGGAAUAUCAACAGCGAAUUGUGGAUAUUUUGUUGAAGGUCAUGGUGGAGAAUUCAGAUUUUACUCCCUCACAAGUAGGGUGCCUCUUUACUUUCCUUGCUCGGCAGCUUGCAAAGCCUGACAAUACUUUGUUUGUGAACAGAACACUCUUUGAUCAGGUGCUUGAAUUUCUGUGUAGCCCUGAUGAUGACUCUCGACACUCUGAAAGACAGCAGGUCCUUUUAGAAUUGCUGCAGGCUGGUGGCAUAGUUCAGUUUGAAGAAAGCGGGCUCAUUUGUAUGGCAGAAAAAGCCGAGUUCUAUCAAAUUUGUGAAUUUAUGUAUGAACGAGAGCACCAGUAUGACAAAAUUAUUGAUUGCUACUUGCGUGACCCACUGAGAGAGGAAGAAGCCUUUAAUUAUAUUCACAACAUCUUAUCCAUUCCUGGCCACAGUGCCGAGGAGAAGCAGUCUGUGUGGCACAAAGCAAUGGAUCAUAUUGAGGAGCUUGUAUCCCUGAAGCCCUGUAAAGCUGCAGAGCUUGUUGCUACACACUUUUCUGAACAGAUUGAAACAGUCAUUAAAAAACUUCAGAACCAGGUAUUGCUUUUUAAAUUUUUGAGGAGUCUUCUUGACCCAAGGGAAGGUAUUCAUGUAAAUCAAGAAUCACUGCAGAUAUCUCCCAGUAUUACAGAGCAGUUCAUUGAGCUGUUAUGUCAGUUCAAUCCAAACCAAGUUAUAGACACACUGCAAGUCCUUGAGUGCUAUCGACUAGAAGAAACUAUUCAGAUUACUCAAAAGUAUCAGCUCCAUGAAGUCACUGCCUAUCUAUUGGAAAAGAAAGGAGAUAUUCCUGGUGCCUUCUCAAUAAUGCUGAAGAGGCUGCAGAGCAGACUUCAAGAGAUAACACAUCAAGGUGAAAAUACCAAAGAGGAUCCCUCACUGAAGGAUGUUGAAGAUACCAUGCUAGAGACAAUUGCUCUUUGCCAGAGAAAUUCUCAUAAUUUGAACCAGCAGCAACGAGAGGCACUCUGGUUUCCAUUACUGGAGGCCAUGAUGGCCCCUCAGAAGCUGUCCGGGGCAGCUGCACCUCACAUGCACUCUGAAGCUCUGAAAUCUUUGACCAUGCAAGUUCUAAACAGCAUGGCGGCCUUUAUUGCCCUACCAUCAAUCUUGCAAAGAAUCUUACAGGAUCCAGUUUAUGGGAAAGGAAAACUUGGAGAAAUCCAGGGCCUUAUUCUGGGAAUGUUAGAUACCUUUAACUAUGAACAGACCCUGCUGGAAACAACCACCAGCCUUCUCAACCAAGAUCUCCAUUGGUCAUUGUGUAACCUAAGAGCUUCUGUCACUAGAGGACUGAAUCCCAAACAGGAUUAUUGCUCUAUAUGUUUGCAACAGUACAAGAGACGCCAAGAAAUGGCAGAUGAAAUUAUUGUCUUUAGCUGUGGCCAUUUGUAUCAUUCAUUCUGUCUACAAAGCAAGGAAUGCACUGUAGAAAUUGAGGCCCAAACAAGAUGGACAUGCUACAAAUGCAGCUCGAGUAACAAAGUGGGAAAACUAAGUGAAAAUUCAUCAGAAAUUAAAAGAGGAAGGAUAACUUCAACACAGGUAAAAAUGUCUCCAUCCUACCAUCAGCCCAAAGGGGAUCCUGCUCCUAAGAGGGCAACCUCAGAACCUGUUCUGGAUCCACAGCAAACCCAAGCAUUUGAUCAGCUGUGCCGACUGUACCGAGGAAGUUCCCGGCUGGCGCUCCUGACGGAACUCUCCCAGAACCGAGGCGGCGACAGCUACCGGCCCUUCAGCGGCUCCCAGAGCAGCCCUGCUUUCAACAGCGUCUUCCAGAAGGAGAACUUCCAGCUGCAGCUCGCGCCCCCGCCUGUGACCGAGGACUGACCGAGGCCCCUCUGCCUGAGCCGUGACCCUCAGCACCCACCCCGUCUCUUCCUCAGUGUCGUCCAGCUUCCGCCCACCCAGCUGGCUGGCUUUUCUCUUCCUCGGAACCACAUGCCUUCAGCUCUUUAGGAAGGACAUUUGCCCUGUGGGACUUUCUCUGUCCCACAGAAGCCCAGAGAGUGAGCGAGGCUCCUUCCGUGGCAUUCUGAGUGGGUAAACUGAGGGCAGCAGAGCUGGGCUGGGCCGGGGGUUGCUGGGGUGGGGGGUGGGGGGUGGGCUCCCCCGAGCGAGAGACUUGUCCUUCCCGAGGAUAAGCAUCCCUGUGUGGGAGGCCUGCAGCCUGGCCAGCAGCCAGGUCUGUGUGUGUCGCCUCAUGGAGGCUGCUUAGAGCCCUACUGCCACCUUUGGGUUUUAUCAGCUCCAGCUCGGGGCCUUGACUUUGUCCUCAGACAAGCAGCUCGUUGCCGGCCCUGUUCAGAGCCCUGUGGUGGGGACAGAACUGCCACGGAGCAGACACAGACAGCUCUGUGCCCAGGACUUUGUGCAUCGCUGCAGCAGGAGCCACGGGAGGGAUCCACACACGGAGACCCAGGCUCAGCGCCACCUCUGCAGCCCCCACCGGAGGGUGCAGCGCCAGGGCUGUUGCCAGCCACCCCACGGGAAACGGGCAGGUGAACCACAGGAGCAGAGUGACCAAACAGAAAACAGACCCUGCUUCUGCCACCUGAGCAAGUCAGUACCCUCCCAAGCCUCGGUUUCUUACAGAAUAGAUCUGUGAAGAGAAGUUAAUGAGCCAUCUUGCAAAUGUGGCGCUGGGCAGCUCCUCCCAGCACAGGGCACCUUUGCUGACACCUCAAGGGCAGCGGUUGGGCACUGAGUGAGUGGUGGUGCCCACCAAGAGUCUCGACCCUGUGGACAGAUGAGAAAGCUGAAGCAUGGAGGUGAUGAGUAAUCUAACCAGGUGACACCUGGAGAGGAGGGAUUUGAACUCCAAACUGUGAUUCCAGUGCUGCCCCGACAAGCGAGUGUGAGAAAGUUCUCAGUGAGCUGAGGGAGCUUGAUCUCCUCAGGGUAAAACUUGGUGGCCCUUCUUUCGGUAGCCCAGAGACCUCAGGCGGAGGGGAGGUACAGCAUGAAAAGAUGUGGGAUGGAAAAUGUCAGCGUCCAUGGACGGAUGGAGUAACGGCAUACUCAGUUAUGCACUCCAGGUGAAGUGGUUAGCAUUUGAAGAAAGUGUAUAUAUACCAUGGAAAACUGGUCAGCCUUUAAAAUAAGGGUAUCAUGUACUUCCAGGGCGAACUGAUGGCCAUUAAGUUAAGUGAAAUAAGCCAAAUAAAAAAGGCAGGUGCUGCAUGAUCUCACACUCA